CUCAUGCUAGUGGAGGUGCCACGGUGAACAGGGUCUUUCUCAAUCAGUGAAAGUCAACCAGAGAUGGACUGUACGAGCAAGGGGAAGGAUGCAGAGGGAAACAGUAAUGUGGUGAAAGAAAAGGAGAUGAAGAAGAGGAGUAGACAGAAAAGAAAAGGGAGUAGCAUGAGCAAAAGGGAGGAAAGAGAGGAGGAGGAGGAGGUGAAAACCAAUGUGAAGACGAAGAAGCUUCAGAAACCCAUUUCUGGCACUCCUCUGACCAAAGGGGGCACAGAGGACAUCUGGAACUGGUCUGUGUAUAAGACCCAGCUGCCCGUCACCUGUGGGGACAAAGAUGGGACCUUACACAAAGACAAACUAGCCAAAGGAGAGAAGUGUUUUUUUCAUCAGGGUCAAUGGUACACACCUCCUGAGUUUGAGAAGCUGGGAGGCAAGGAGAGGAACAAGAACUGGAAGAUCAGCAUCCGCUGUGGCCAAACAACCCUGCAAAAGCUGAUACAGGGAAAUCACUUAAUGCCUCCACCUAGAUCUGCAUCCAGAGCUACUCGUGACAAAGGACAGGGACAGAGAGAAGAGGAGAAAGUAGAGGCAGAUGAGACAGAUGCUGGAGGGGCUAUGGAGGGAUGCAGUUACCAUGACAACAAGGACUUGGUCACGUCCAUGUUUGAAGGAUAUGCUUUUCCUGUUCAGUGUGGGCCUAUCACUGGAAGACUGCAGAAAGACCGCUUCGUAUCUAGAAGCAAAGGAAAGUGCAUCCGUACAAAGGAGGACUGGCUGACCCCUGAAGAGUUUGUCAUGCUGAACCCUGACUUGAAAGAAGGAAUGUGGAAGAGAGACAUCAUCUGUAGAGGGUUGCCUCUCGGCUACCUUUUACAGUGCAAGAUCCUGCAGGCGCAUUCUCUGCUGUGUAAGUGUUCUAAGUGCGGACCCACCAAGUCAGGCCUGGAAGACCAGAGAAAUGAUGACUACUGCUUCAUCUGUGGAGAGAGAGGAAAGCUGUUGUUAUGUGAUGGGUGUCCCAGAUCCUUCCACAGAGAAGGAUCCUGUCACUUACCCAAUCCACCACCUACUCCAGGAGAUGUUUGGCUGUGUACAUUCUGUGUUUGCAAGAGGAGUCAGGAAUGGUGUAAUCUUGAUCACAUGACCCAACAACAGAUUCUAAAUAGCAUAUUCUUGGACUAUAAACUGCAAUGCCAGUACCUCCUGCUGUUUUUACUCAAUGCAGAUGAGCAGAGAAUCUUCACCACAGAUCCCUGCCUUACUGUGCCGGGCUACUUGUCAGUGAUACCGAAGCCCAUGUGGUUACAGCAGGUGAGGAAGAACUUGGAGAAUCGCUACUAUCUUGUGGGGGAGUUUGUCUCAGAUGUGCGACUCAUCUUCAGGAACUGUGCAGCCUUCAACAAGAAAAACAUACUGAUAAAACAACUGGGAAUGCGGCUCAGUGACCUGUUUGAGAAAGAGUUCUGCAUCACCUUCAACAUCUCAACAGAAAACACUAGUAAGGACAGAAGAGAAGAGGGAAUGAUAAAGGUAAAGGAGGAAAGAGAAGAGCCGGAUGUCAAGGACAACAUCAGCCCCCUAUCCACUCCUCUACUGAAGAGGGUGACUCAUCAGAGCAGUAGCCCACAGAGGAGCUGUGAAUCCUGUGUUAAAGUUCCAGACUCCAGGCACUGGGUCCGGGUGGAGCCUGAUGUGUCCACAGAAGAGAGUGUCUCCACCUACAGGCUGAGCUCUCCUGCAGGGAGCUAUGAGUGCUCAGAAUCUGGUAUACGCUGGUUGUGUGCUGGUCCAGUCACCCUGCAGUACCACUUCAUCGAUUGGCAAGUCUUGGCUAAUGAGCUACCCUACAUGCAGUACAGACCAGCUGGCCCUUCAAUGGACAUCAAGCUUAUCUCAGGAGAACUGGAGGAAAUCCACAUGCCACAUUUCCUCUGCUUGGGAGGUAGCCAGUCUUCUCUGGUGGAUGCUGUGAAGGUUCUGCAUAAGCAGGACAGUGGAGUACAUAUAGAGAAGUGUGAGUUGAGUCGCUUCCAUGUCAAGCUGGUGAACCCCUCGUUUUCUCUAAUUGGCCCCUUUAUCUCUUUGAUGUCUCGAAUUUUCCCAGCAAAGGAGGAGGAGAGAGAGAAACAUAUGAAUAUUCAUGCAGAUGUUCAGAUCUAUCAGAGCAGCACAGUACCCCUCACUUUCCGCACGUACCUUCUGCCAGAGGAUGCUCAGCUCAGAAAGUUAUUGGAGGACCAGGAGGAAAGAUUCAGAGGCCACAUGCUCCCCAAGCCACGGCCUGUGAGACCACUUCAAAUGAAUGAGUUCUAUGCUUUGCAGACUGACUGCAACUCCACAAUUAGCCCAGAAGAGCUGGACCUCAGAUACAGUUCCAUCGCUCCCAACUUCUCUGAGGUGACCAUAAGGGAGGCUUCUGAUUUCAGCCUGAAGCUUUUCAGCCAUGCAGACCGACAGAGAGUCUGGAAAGCAAGUGUCAAGAGAACAGAAUGUUUCUUAGGCAAUCCUGACCAGAGUGGUGUCAACCGAUCAGCUGUUGAGUUCUUCAAAAAGCACCGGCCAGAGCUUGUUCAGAGGGUGAAAAAUGUAAUGCCGAUAGCAGAUCAGAUGUUAUCACAAGGCCACUUCAGAGAAGAAGAUUAUGCAAACAUCAGAGUGGCACACACGGAGCAGGAUAAGAUGAGACGAAUGUUGGAUUGUUGUGGGGCUUUAGCACAGAGGGCCCUCCUCAAUAUCCUUCAGAGGGAAUGCCCUGACUUGGUGGAAGAGUUGAGAUUGUAGGCCAAUUAGCAUGUUGUCUGUAUAGGAUAACCUAGAAUGGUAUUUUAAAGAGUUACUUCACCCCAUAACUCCACCCACUUCACAUUUCUGAAAAAGGCUUUCAAAAUGGGCGAGACCAGAGACGGUUUAUAAAGUGAGACAAGUCAUAUGAGGGUCAAUUCCGGUUACCCUGUGACGUAGUGCCACUCCCAUUUAGGAGGCAAACGGGAGGCAAACGGGAGGAAUAAACCUUAUCUCGGAUUAUGACCAUUCCCUUAGCCCUACAUUCAGCAAUGCAAGUAACGAACCCAUAUUCUACAAGGCACACGUCUUUCUAACAUUCCCACAUUUAAAUCGUAUUUUCCAGCGUGAUAAAUACAUAGCAAAGUAACUUUGUUCACGACCUGUCCCUCCUGACCUGACCUGUCUCCGCUAAUUGCGCAGGCCACCUGUUAUCAACGGCACACUGCUUCUGCUGCUUCUACACUGGUCUAAACCGAUUACUCGUCACUGAUCACGCCCAGAUAGGAGGCGGAAGUGGGCACCAUUUCAUUCCAUCGAAAACCCCCUUUAUGAUCUAUCUUCCUUACUAUACGAUCUUUGGCGAGACGUUCUGAAAUUUGGAGAGGGAGUGCAGCACUGCUGUAACCAAUCAACCAUGGUGAUCUCGUGUCACUCUGGGAAUGAGUGCUGCAGACAAUAGCUACGUUUACAUGCACCCUUUCUAAUCCGAUUCAGGCCCAAUCGGGUCGAAAUUCCUUCAUGUAAACAAGACAAUCGGAAUGAAAAUCGCCGAUCUGAUUGAAAUUUGGGUCGGAUUGAAAGCGGUGGAACGGACACGUCCGGUAGUAAAAUAGUUGUCAUGUAGCCUAUACACUGGAUCGGAUCGUUCUCUGCUACUCUUCCCUUCUGCGCAUGUUCAGAAAAGGAGGCGCAAUAUUUCUCUUAUCAAAAAAGCCACCACGGUGUAGGCAGAGAGGGUUAAAGCUAGUAAUGAAAGAUCUAUUAGGUGUAAACAUAAGCACUGGGCGUGAGGUUGAACCAUAUGUUUCUUUUAGGUCUAUGGAUUGAACAGUGACGGAUAACAUGGCAUCGGAAGAAUAGGCUAUUUAGUUUCGUGACACUUUCAAAACAACCACAAAAUCUGACAGCAUCUUUUAAGUUUAGGAAGUAGCCUACUAGGCUGCAGGCAGUUGGAUAGGCUACGCUAACUGGCAGCUGCGUAGGCUUUGGUAAAAGCAACGACUGAAAUGCAGUGAUGAAGUCUCGUUUUCUGAAAGCCAAAUAUUAACAGGUAGGCUAUGUUUCGGAGACUACAGUGGAGACAGAUAUUUUGCGAUGUCUGAAAGAACAGUGUGGAAGCUAGGUAGACGGCAAGGACCUGAUUGAAUGCAUUUCCGUACAAGUUUGAAUUUGUGUUGCUGGGACUUGUUAAACAACAUCUGAGGUGCAAAACAACUAGCGAACAGUCAGACGUUUUGGUGGUUUGCUACCCCGUCAGAUUACAGGAUAAUCAGCUAUAUUUUUGGCUUUGGAAUACUUCUGUAUGACCGUGCAUGAAGUUAGCAUUUGCUGACCGACUUGCUGUGCAGUGUGAAAGCGGCCAGUGAGUCGUUUUAGUCAUUCUAAAACGAAACUCUAGGCCUAUGAUGUUGCUUUUGAACAGAAGAAAGCAGAGGCAGAGGAUUGGAAGUAGGGAAUAUCUCAUGCCUCAAACGUCAUAGGCUAUAAGCUCUCACGUCCAUCUCGGGGAGCAAAACUGCAAGCAGGCUAUGCGCGUGAAGCUGACAUGUAAACGCGCGCAUCAAAUACUCCUUGCCAUGUAAACUUCCACCGAUCCGAUUGACCGAUCCGAUUGGUCAUUCCGAUGGUUGCAUGUAAACGUAGCUAAUGGCUUAUCACAGGUAGGCUAAUCAGGGUAGCAGGUGUUGGGGCGUUUCAGUCCUAAUUUGUAACGACCUGGUGACGUAGUGUUGGACUAGAAGUGCAGGACAACGUCAGCAUUCCAAUAGUAUUUUGGACCAACAUGCCAUGGCAUGUUUCAAACUGUAGUAUGCGCGGAGAGCAAUAUCUCCAAUACAAAAUCAGACGAAAUGUUACUUUUGUCGAGAAACACGAUUUUUGUCAAUAUUAACCCUGGUAAUAGUACAGUUCACCACUUAUGAGUAUUUUCAAUCAAUCAACAGCUCAAAAAACUUUUUUUAGGGUGCAGUGACUCUUUAAAUACCGGUAUUUGUGGGGGGGUGUUUUACUCAAAAUUCAUUUGCAUACAUACAAAUUCAGAAGUGCAAACAAGCUAUUUACCUAGUGGCGUUUUUUAUUAUUAUUAUUGUUGUUAUUAUUAUUAGCGUAUUAACGUUCAGGGGUUCAAGGAGUGCAGCUGUGAGAACCCUAUUAUUUUUGUUCUCAUUGUUAUUAGGGGCCCAAUCUGGAUGCAGGCUGCAGGAAGCCUGUUGUUUUUUUGUUAAUUUAUUAAUUUGGGUAAAUGACAGCUUCUUUCUGCUUUGCAUUAUGUGUAAUCGAUUACGACCCAGUGAGGUGUUGUACUACACCUAAAAUGUUCCUCCAUGAUGUGACAAAUUGCUUCUCUACCUUUGGAUCAUUUGAAUUUCUCCAUCAAAUAUAUGAAUUAUACACCAAAAACUGUUGUCCCCCUCAAAUUUGAAUGGAGAAAAGAUGUAUUUUAUAUUUCUUGGUUAUGAAUUUUUCAUGCAAUUUCAUGAAAUGUCAGAAAAUGGAAUAUUUUUUUAAAUGAGUGCCAUUUCAACAUUGUAACAUCUGUCAUGUAAUGAAACUGCUAAAAAAAUGACAACAUGUUU